CCUGCAGCGCCUCGACCUGCAGCCGCGGGGAUGUUGUUGCGGCGCAGAGAGGAGCCGCCGGUUGACGCGCAUCCCGGCAGCGGACAGAACAUGGCGGAGGGUGGACGCGUCCUCUCCACCCUCCGUUAAAGACGCGAGCUCCACCGCAGCGGCUCCUCUCGUCCGCGGGGAUCGUGAGGAUCUGCGGACGGGAGCGCACUGCGGCAGCCGCGGUGACGCUCCACGCGAGGGAUGAGAGAAAUAGUCCGUCUCGUGAGCUCAGCCGUCUCCAGUCGCCAUGGGGAAGGAGAAGCUCCACAUCAACAUUGUUGUGAUUGGCCAUGUGGACUCUGGGAAGUCCACCACCACGGGCCACCUUAUCUACAAGUGCGGGGGCAUCGACAAGAGAACCAUCGAGAAGUUUGAAAAGGAGGCUGCAGAGAUGGGGAAGGGCUCGUUCAAAUACGCCUGGGUGCUGGACAAGCUGAAGGCAGAGAGGGAGCGCGGCAUUACCAUCGACAUCUCACUGUGGAAGUUUGAAACCAGCAGGUACUACGUGACCAUCAUCGACGCCCCGGGUCACAGGGACUUCAUCAAGAACAUGAUCACUGGGACCUCACAGGCAGACUGCGCUGUGCUGAUCGUGGCCGCCGGCGUCGGAGAGUUCGAGGCGGGCAUCUCCAAGAACGGGCAAACCCGCGAGCACGCCCUCCUGGCCUACACCCUGGGGGUGAAGCAGCUCAUCGUGGGCAUCAACAAGAUGGACUCCACCGAGCCGAACUACAGCCAGAAACGUUACGAGGAGAUUGUGAAGGAAGUGAGCACCUACAUCAAGAAGAUCGGCUACAACCCGGACACCGUCGCCUUUGUGCCCAUUUCCGGCUGGAAUGGAGACAACAUGCUCGAGCCCAGCCCCAAUAUGAGCUGGUUUAGAGGGUGGAAGGUCAAUAGGAAAGAAGGCAAUGCAUCAGGGACCACCCUGCUGGAGGCCCUGGAUGCCAUCCAGCCACCCAGUCGUCCCACAGACAAAGCUCUACGGUUGCCCCUGCAGGACGUCUACAAGAUAGGAGGUAUUGGAACAGUGCCUGUGGGCCGGGUGGAAACCGGCGUACUGAAGCCUGGCAUGGUCGUGACUUUUGCCCCCGUCAAUGUGACCACUGAGGUCAAGUCUGUGGAGAUGCACCACGAGGCCCUGACUGAGGCGCUCCCUGGUGACAACGUGGGCUUCAACGUCAAAAACGUGUCCGUCAAAGACAUUCGCCGCGGCAACGUGGCCGGCGAUAGCAAGAAUGACCCACCACAGGAAGCGGCCAACUUCACGGCUCAGGUGAUCAUCCUGAACCACCCCGGACAGAUCAGUGCUGGUUACGCUCCCGUGCUGGACUGCCACACUGCCCACAUCGCCUGCAAGUUUGCCGACCUCAAGGAAAAGAUUGAUCGCCGGUCCGGCAAGAAGCUGGAGGACAACCCCAAAUCCCUCAAGUCCGGAGAUGCAGCCAUUGUGGAUAUGAUUCCUGGCAAGCCCAUGUGUGUUGAAAGCUUCUCCGAGUACCCCCCACUGGGUCGCUUUGCGGUGCGAGACAUGCGUCAAACCGUGGCCGUCGGCGUGAUCAAGGGUGUGGAGAAGAAGCUCUCCACAACUGGUAAAGUUACCAAGUCUGCCCAGAAGGCCCAGAGGAACAAAUGAAUGUUGUGCUACUCUGCCGACCCCAAGGUCUCCCAGGGCAGGACAUCAGUCAUCCCACCCCAUCCUACAAUUGGCUGCUUCAACGUAAUAACCAAAGGCUGGUUAAUCAUCACAAUGCAUCGCAAAAGCAUUCGAAGGAAAGAACAUGUAGAUCUUUAGUCCUUGAGGCGGUGGUCCUGUGUGUAUUUCAUUAGUUAGAUUACCAUUACAUACAAUGUAAUAUCAAGCAUAUAGUUUUGAAUGUGCACUGUUGAUUUGGUUGAUACGAUACUGAGAAACCUUUAGAGGUAAUUUAUCUCCAGCUCUCUGGAUUGCAGAUCUCUUAACAUGGUACAUGUUGUCUUGCUUUUAGUGUUUGUCUGCAGCUACAUGGUAAGAGCACAGGAAAACAAGUUAAACUAUGUUCUUCUGAGUAGUAGAUUAGUAGAACUGAGUGAUUUGUUGUGUUCAAGCUUUAAAAAAAAAAAAAAAAGGCACAAAACAAAAAAAACAAUGGUCCACAUGUCUUUCCAGACGGAGUCGACCGGCUGUGGACUCCUGAAGCACUUUGAUUGGCGUGUUGCUAACUUUGCACUUGCACUGGAGAAGCUUAAAUUGGCUUAAGCGACUGCACCUUACUGUAAGAUGGCACGAGCCUCUUUGCAACAUUAAACAUGUUUCAACCAAAA